UCCUAGCCUGAGAGUCUGAUCGUUGAGGGCACUCCAGUAUAGCUCUCUCUCUCUCUCUCCCUCCCUCUAACGAUCCUGCGAGAAUGUCUCUCCGGCAAGCAGCGUUUGGUUUGCUGAGAAAGUUGCGCCACUCUCCUCAAAUACCCACUGCCACUGUUAUCCGUACAGCAAAAACCAGGCAAACAGGCAAAAUAUAUUUCUCCUGUUAUGGUUUUGGGCAGUACACUUGGAAGAGGCCACUUGGAGAGGCUUAUCUGUGGAUUUUCCUCUCUGGACAAGCUGCAGUACUUCUUGGCAUAAAUUGUAGGACUGCUUUUGCAGAAGAUGCUUCAAUCAAUUUAAGUUCUGAAGAUAAUAUGCAAGAGGGUAAUUUAACUGGGUUACGCAAAAUUCAGGAUGGGUCAGUGGUAUCAAAUAUACACACAUCCAAGUGGAGAGUUUUUACCGAUAAAGGAAGGGAUUAUUUUUUGCAGGGAAAACUGGAGGAAGCUGAAAGGCUCUUCUUGUCUGCAUUACAAGAGGCCAAAGAAGGAUUUGGUGAAAAGGAUGCUCAUGUUGCAUCAGCAUGCAAUAAUCUGGCAGAGCUUUAUAGAGUAAAAAAAGCCUUUGAUAAAGCAGAACCAUUGUACUUGGAGGCAGUGAAAAUACUUGAAGUAUCGUUUGGAUCAGAAGAUGUAAGGGUGGCGGCUGCCCUUCACAACCUAGGUCAAUUGUAUCUUGUACAACGGAAAUUACAAGAAGCUCGAAUGUGUUAUGAGCGUGCUCUAAAGAUAAAGAGGGGUGUUUUGGGACAUGGACAUGUGGACUAUGCUGACACUAUGUAUCAUCUUGGAACUGUGCUUUAUCUGCAAGGAGAUGAGAAAGAUGCAGAGACCCUUAUUCAGGAUUCUGUUAUGAUACUUGAGGAAGGUGGGCUUGGGGAAUCAAACAUAUGCCUCAGGAGACGGUGCCAUCUUGCACAGAUAUACAUAAAAUCCAAUCGACUUGCAGAAGGUGAGAAUGUACAGAGAAAGAUUCUGCAUGCUAUGGAACUAACAAAGGGAUGGAAUUCUUUGGACACUGUGCUUGCAGCUGAAGGACUCUGCUUGACCCUUCAAUCACUUGGGAACUUAACAGAAGCUAAAGAUCUCCUUGAGAGGUGUCUUGAGGCCCGGAAAACUAUACUUCCUGAAGACCAUAUCCAGGUUGCUGCCAACAUGCUCUACAUAGCUAGGGUGCAAAUGCUCAGUUUGAACCAACAAAGGAAGUUGGAUACUUCUGAAACAAUUGAUGAACUGAAUAAAGCAAAAGAUCUUUUAGGUCACUCCAUAAGGAUAGCUCAGCAGGCUUUAUACAAGUCAGCAAAAGAAGAAAACAAGCUGAAACAUUAUAGAGUAUCUAGACAAACUAGGAAGGAUGAGCAUGCAGCACUGGUGAUACUGUUGCAAUCACUUAAUGCUCUUGGGCUGUUGGAGAUCAACGAACAGGAAUUAUUGGAAUCCAUGGGGGAGCGAUCAGCUGCUGUAGGGGCUGAGAAUGCUUAUGGCCAAUGCAUUUCUUCUUUCAAGGAGUUUGGGGUUGGGCGGAUGGCUAGUUCCCCUGAGAUCAAAGCGGAGUACCUCUCUUGUCUGAAGCGUCUUUCAAGUUUGAUUGGGGAUGGAUCAACAGACAGCAUGCAGCAAUCAAGAAAAGCCACUUUGCAGGAGCUGAAAGAUGAAAUCAAGCACAUCGAAGCAGAACUUCCAAAUAAAGGAGAGCAUAAAAACUAAUUCGGCAGCUUAUUUUGGUUGCGCACACAGUUCGACAGGACAGAAGGUGCGAAAUUCUUCUCCUCGAGUACCAUUUGAUAUCUGAAACGACUACUUUUAGUGGAGGCAAGAUUAAGAUUACAGGUCCCAGAUCUAAAUGACAUCUCGAAGAUCUCCUGUACAUAGUGAAAGAUUCUUGUGUUUCUGAAGAAUAAAGAGUGAUUCCAGAUGCCAGACUAACAGACCAUGGCGGAACCACCCCGUUCUUUGUCCCCCCCCAUCUGUUCUUUUGAUUUUGAAUCUUUUCUGAUGUUUAGUCUGAAGAAACCACGAAGCAGUUCACCAUUGAUGAACCCUUGAAGGAAAGCGCUAUACGCUUUGUGAUUUCUUGAACUCUAAUUAUCAUAUUGAAGAUUGUAUCCAGUUUGUGUAGGCACGUCUCAAUUGAGCUCACACUGCAAAGCAAUACAGUCAUGUGCAUCGUAUUAGAACAAGUUUGGUACAAAAGGGCGUGGCCACUGGCCAAUGCUAGAGCUUGUUAGUAGAGUGUGGCUGGUAUUGGUUAAAAUAUUCUUUUAUAUCGUGCAA